AUGAGAGCCUGGCUUGCUGCCAAGGCAGAGGAAGACAAAAGGAGGCAAGAGGAAGAGAGGACGCGGCAGGAAAGUUACCGUCUCGAACAGAGGAGGAUGGAGUGCGAGAUUUUGAGGACUUCCCUGCAAGGGGGGAUACCGCCACCGCUGGUGCCGGUUGUCUUCGCAGGCAUGGGCGGCGGAGCGCUGUCGCCGGCAGCCUUGGACUGGGCCCAGCAAUUCAUGGUGUCGCAAUCCUCUCCACACCAUCCGCCUGCAUUGAUGCCGCCUGGAAUGGUCUCUUCAGAGCACCAGAGGCGGGAUUCGCAGGCUCAGGCGUAUGGACAGUACUCGAUAACCGGCGGCGGUGUCCCAUCCACCCCAGGCUCCGCGCAAGGGCCGCCAAGCGCGUACAUGUCGGGCUAUCCAGGCUCGCCGACAAGGCCGAGAGGGCAGACCAUGCCGGGAACGAUGGCGGGACGAUCAGUUGUCGGAAGUGGAUCAAAUCUGCCAAACCUGAACACCAACGUCCCGGGGGGCCCGGGGACCGCUUCAGGGGCUGCCCACCAAUCCGGGCUGGCGCAGUCGCAACAACAACAUGAGGCACAGGCGUCACCCUCCAUAUACUUCCACCACUGGCAGCCUCCGACGACGCAGGCAGGAGGGCGGGGCGGUGCCGAGCAGCCCGCCAGCACGCCCUCAGGACCCCAGCAGCCAGCGCCACCGCCAACCGCGACACACCGGCAUCGCUCGCCGCCUUUUCUACACAGCUCGGGGCUGUCCAACCCACCGCCGGGUCGGAGGCGAGGACACUCGCGGCAGCGGAGUGAUUUGGGGUCAUACCGGCCCGGCGGUGGUCGUGUGCGAGGAGAAAGCCUAGGACCCGGGCGGGAGAUGUCGCCGAUGCACGCCUCAGGGGCAAGCUCUGUGCGGGACGGCGGCGAUGCGCCAUCCUCGACUCUGCAUCAAGGACAUGCCCCCCAGUUUGCGCCUCCGCCUCCGCAGGCCGCAUCCGGGCGGACCGGGCCGCACUCGGUCUCAUCGCUCCUGUCAGACAAUCCGCCGUCUCCGCAAUCGACGGCGAUGAACUACACGUCGGGGAUGGCGCCAGAACCACGGCAGCACCAUCACCAUCAGCAGCAGCAGCAACCCGCGCCGCAGUUUGGCGAGAGCGAGCGAAGACACUCGCCUCGGUCGCCAGAGGAGCAGCUCCACGGUGGGAUUGGAGUUCAGGGAUCGUCAGCCACGCGACCGGGAGAUAACCACUGA